AACUAAACAGUGUCCUUAUUGCUGCAAUCAGUGAUUGGUCUCCCGAACACAAAUAAUCAACUUUUUGUGUUUUCGUGCUUUCAGUUAUUGUCGAAGGGGGAAGACCGUAAAGUUUUGGUUGCUAUUGAAGAUAUCAUAGACGAAUUAGAAGAAGUUGGAAAAAUGUGUGCAGAACGGGAAGGUGCUACCGAAGCUGACAUGGUAGAUUUAGAAGAAGAAAAUUUCCCUCCAAGUCGGCACGCUGCUAAGUGUGUAAUUGCUUGCUUCUACGAACACUACAAAAUUAUGAGGGUGGAUGGCACAUUUAACAAACAAGUUAUCAAUGGAGUAUUUAGUGAGCUGAAAGCCGAAAAUGAAGAGCUAUACAGACAAGUUAUGAAGAUUAUAAAUGUCUGCUACGACAAACCAAAUAUUGUUUCCAAUGAUCGAUGUGAAACUGCUUCGGCAGUGGCCACGUGUAUAAAAAGAGGUGCAGAUGCCGUGGGGUUAAAUCUGGAGUCGUUCAUGACGGACUAAAAGGUGUUUCUAUUGAUUGACUUUUCGAUUUUACGAUUUCUUUUUUUAUACUUGUACUUAUUUUUUUCAAAUAAAUGUAAUAUUGUGUAGUAGAAGUAGAUUUGACGAGCAUUG